AGGAUAUAAGGGUAUGAAAGGAAUGCAAGGUAUGAAAGGUGUUAAAGGAAUGAAGGGAUCCAAAGGAACAGAUGGUGACAAAGGAGAAAAGGGAACUCUAGGUGACAAAGGUGUUACAGGAAACAAAGGAACACAAGGAGAUAAGGGAAUGACAGGAAACAAAGGAACAGACGGUGACAAAGGAACGACAGGAGAUAAAGGCGAACAAGGAGCAAAAGGAAUGAAGGGAGAGACGGGAUACAAAGGUAUGAAAGGAAUGCAAGGAAUGAAGGGAGUCAAAGGAAUGAAAGGAGAAAAAGGAACACAAGGCGAUAAAGGAACUGAUGGAGACAAAGGAACACAAGGUGAUAAGGGAAUGACCGGAAGAAAAGGAACACAAGGUGACAAAGGAAUGGUGGGAACACAAGGAGACAAAGGAAGGAAAGGGGAGAAGGGAACCGAAGGAGAUAAAGGAAUGACUGGAGAAAAAGGAACACAUGGAGAUAAAGGCAUGAAAGGAACAACUGGGGACAAGGGAAUGACAGGAGAAAAGGGAACACUUGGUGACAAGGGCACACAAGGAGACAAAGGUAUAACAGGAAACAAGGGCACUCAGGGAGAUAAAGGAAUGCUAGGACCAAAAGGAACACAAGGCGACAUGGGAACGAAAGGAAUGAAAGGCGAAACAGGUUACAAAGGAAUGAAAGGUAUGCAGGGAAUGAAAGGUGUUAAAGGAAUGGCAGGAGAAAAGGGAACAUUAGGUGAUCAAGGUACAAAGGGAAUGAAAGGCGAGACAGGCUACAAAGGAAUGAAAGGAAUGCAGGGAAUGAAGGGGGUAAAAGGCAUGAAAGGCGAAAAAGGGACACAAGGUGACAAAGGAAUGACCGGAAAUAAGGGAACAGAUGGUGAUAAGGGGGACAAGGGAAUGACUGGAAGCAAAGGAACGCAGGGCGACAAAGGAAUGACGGGUGAAAAAGGGACACAAGGAGACAAAGGAAUGACUGGAUUGAAGGGAACACAAGGAGAUAAGGGAAUGACCGGCAUAAAAGGAACACAAGGAGAUCAAGGAGCAAAGGGAAUGAAGGGAGAGACGGGAUACAAAGGCAUGAAAGGAAUGCAGGGAAUGAAAGGCGUCAAAGGCAUGAAAGGAGAGAAAGGCACAGAUGGUGACAAAGGGACACAAGGAGAUAAGGGAACUUAUGGAGAUAAAGGAGCUACAGGUGAAAAAGGAACACAGGGAGACAAAGGAAUGACAGGCGAAAAAGGAACACUAGGUGACAAAGGUAUGAUUGGUGAAAAGGGAACACAGGGAGAUCAAGGAACCAAAGGAAUGAAAGGAGAGACGGGAUAUAAAGGCAUGAAAGGAAUGCAGGGAAUGAAAGGAGUCAAAGGAAUGGAUGGGUCAAAAGGAACGCAAGGGGAUAAGGGAACCAAAGGAAUGAAGGGAGAAACAGGAUAUAAAGGAAUGAAAGGAAUGCAGGGAAUGAAAGGGGUUAAAGGAAUGAAGGGAUCAAAAGGAACAGAUGGAGACAAAGGAACUGAUGGCGAUAAAGGAACGCAAGGAGAUAAAGGAAUGAAAGGAACAUCAGGAGACAAAGGAAUGACAGGAGAAAAGGGAACACAGGGUGAUAAGGGUAUGACAGGAUCAAAGGGAACAGUAGGAGAUAAAGGAACGGAAGGGGAUCAAGGAGCAAAAGGAAUGAAGGGAGAGACCGGAUAUAAAGGAAUGAAAGGAAUGCAAGGAAUGAAAGGCGUCAAAGGAAUGACAGGAGAAAAAGGAACACACGGCGAUAAAGGAGUAAAAGGAAUGAAGGGAGAGACAGGAUAUAAGGGAAUGAAAGGAAUGCAAGGAAUGAAAGGUGUCAAGGGAAUGAAUGGGGAAAAAGGGACACAAGGAGACAAAGGAGCUAAAGGACAAAAGGGAACACUUGGAGAUAAGGGUACACAAGGGGACAAAGGAGAAUUCGGUGAAAAAGGAACACUAGGUGAUAAAGGAACGAAAGGAACACAAGGAGACAAAGGCAUGACUGGUGAAAAGGGAACACACGGAGACAAAGGAACUGAUGGAGAUAAAGGAACGCAAGGAGAUAAAGGAAUGACAGGACCAAAAGGAACAAUUGGUGAUAAAGGAGCUAAAGGAAUGAAGGGAGAGACGGGAUACAAAGGUAUGAAAGGAAUGCAAGGAAUGAAAGGUGUCAAAGGAAUGAAGGGAUCAAAAGGAACAGUUGGUGACAAAGGAACUGGUGGAGAUAAAGGAACGCAAGGAGACAAGGGAACAGUAGGAGAUAAAGGAACAAAUGGGGAACAAGGAGCUAAAGGAAUGAAGGGAGAGACGGGAUACAAAGGUAUGAAAGGAAUGCAAGGAAUGAAAGGUGUUAAAGGAAUGAAAGGAUCAAAAGGAACAGACGGUGAUAAAGGAACUGAUGGAGACAAAGGAACGCAAGGAGAUAAGGGAUUGACUGGAGAAAAAGGCACACAAGGUGACAGAGGAGAAAAAGGAAUGAAAGGCGAGACAGGCUACAAAGGAAUGAAAGGAAUGCAGGGAAUGAAAGGCGUCAAAGGCAUGAAGGGAUCAAAAGGAACAGAUGGUGACAAAGGAACAGCUGGUGACAAAGGUACGCAAGGAGAUAAAGGAAUGACUGGAAAUAAGGGAGAAAAGGGAACAUUGGGAGAUAAAGGAAUGAUAGGAGAAAAGGGAACAACCGGCGAUAAGGGAAUGACAGGAAACAAGGGAACUCAAGGUGAUAAAGGAAUGACUGGGGAAAAGGGAACAAUAGGUGAUAGAGGAGCUAAAGGAAUGAAAGGAGAGACGGGAUAUAAAGGUAUGAAAGGAAUGCAGGGAAUGAAAGGUGUCAAAGGAAUGAAGGGAUCAAAAGGAACAGAUGGAGACAAAGGAACUGAUGGUGACAAAGGAACAAUGGGAGACAAAGGAAUGACGGGAGAAAAGGGUACUUUGGGCGAUAAAGGCGCAACAGGAGAGACAGGAACGAAGGGAAUGAAAGGUGAAACAGGAUAUAAAGGAAUGAAAGGUAUGCAGGGUAUGAAAGGUGUCAAAGGCAUGAAAGGAGAAAAAGGAACACAAGGAGAUAAAGGUAUGACAGGUAAUAAAGGAACCCAAGGCGAUAAGGGAACGACGGGAGAUAAGGGAACACAAGGUGACAAAGGAAUGACAGGUAAUAAAGGAACAUCAGGAGACAAAGGAACACAAGGAGACAAAGGAAUGACCGGAGAAAAGGGUACUUUGGGCGAUAAAGGCGCAACAGGAGAGUCAGGAACGAAGGGAAUGAAAGGUGAAACAGGAUAUAAAGGAAUGAAGGGUAUGCAGGGUAUGAAAGGUGUUAAAGGCAUGACUGGCGAAAAAGGAACACAAGGAGACAAAGGUGUGGCUGGAACAGAAGGAACACAAGGAGAUAAAGGAGCAAAGGGAAUGAAGGGAGAGACGGGAUAUAAAGGUAUGAAAGGAAUGCAAGGAAUGAAAGGCGUCAAAGGAAUGAAGGGAACACAGGGAGACAAAGGAACAAUAGGUGAUAAAGGAAUGACAGGAAACAAAGGAACACAAGGUGACACAGGGACAGCAGGAGAUAAAGGAAUACAAGGAGAUAAAGGAACACAAGGAGACAAGGGAACGUUAGGAGAUAAAGGAAUGACAGGAAACAAAGGCACCCAAGGAGAUAAAGGAUUGAAAGGUACUGAAGGUGACAAAGGGGAAAAUGGAGAAAAAGGAACACUAGGCGACAAAGGAAUGCCCGGCGAAAUGGGAACGAAAGGAAUGAAAGGCGAAACUGGUUACAAGGGAAUGAAAGGUAUGCAGGGAAUGAAAGGUGUAAAGGGAAUGGCAGGAGCAAAGGGAACACUAGGUGAUCAAGGUGCUAAGGGAAUGAAAGGCGAGACAGGCUACAAAGGAAUGAAAGGAAUGCAGGGAAUGAAAGGCGUUAAAGGUAUGACAGGCGAAAAGGGGACACAAGGCGACAAAGGAAUGACUGGUGAGAAAGGAACACUAGGAGACAAGGGUAUGACAGGAGCAAAGGGAACAGCAGGAGAUAAAGGAGUGAAAGGUACAGAAGGAGAUAAGGGUGCAAAAGGUGGACCAGGGAAUAAAGGAACGCAAGGAGACAAAGGAAUGAAAGGAGAGACUGGCCAGAAAGGUACACAAGGAGACAAAGGAAUGACUGGUGAAAAGGGAACACUUGGCGAUCAAGGAGCAAAGGGAAUGAAAGGAGAGACAGGCUAUAAAGGAAUGAAAGGAAUGCAGGGAAUGAAGGGAGUCAAAGGCAUGACUGGUGAAAAAGGGACACAAGGUGACAAAGGAAUGACUGGAUUGAAGGGAACACAAGGAGAUAAGGGAAUGACCGGCAUGAAAGGAACACAAGGAGAUCAAGGAGCAAAGGGAAUGAAAGGAGAGACGGGAUAUAAAGGCAUGAAAGGAAUGCAGGGAAUGAAAGGCGUCAAAGGCAUGAAAGGAGAGAAAGGCACAGAUGGUGACAAAGGGAUGACCGGAGCGAAAGGAACACAGGGAGAUAAAGGAAUGACUGGAGCAAAGGGAACACAGGGAGAUCAAGGAGCGAAGGGAAUGAAGGGCGAAACAGGAUAUAAAGGCAUGAAAGGAAUGCAGGGAAUGAAGGGUGUUAAAGGAAUGACCGGAUCAAAAGGAACGCAAGGAGAUAAAGGAACGAUAGGAGAUAAAGGAACACAGGGAGACAAAGGAACAGUUGGUGACAAAGGAAUAACAGGCGAAAAGGGUACACUAGGAGAUAAAGGAAUGCCAGGAACACAAGGCGACAAAGGCACAAUAGGGGACAAAGGUACACAGGGCGACAAAGGCAUGACAGGAAUGAAGGGUACACAAGGAGAUAAAGGAACGACAGGAGACAAAGGAACACAAGGUGACAGAGGUGUAAAGGGAAUGAAAGGCGAGACAGGCUAUAAAGGAAUGAAAGGAAUGCAGGGAAUGAAAGGCGUUAAAGGUAUGGCAGGCGAAAAGGGAACACAAGGCGACAAAGGCACAACAGGGGACAAAGGUACACAAGGCGACAAAGGUAUGACAGGAAUGAAGGGUACACAAGGAGAUAAAGGAACGACAGGAGACAAAGGAACACAAGGUGACAGAGGUGUAAAGGGAAUGAAAGGCGAGACAGGCUACAAAGGAAUGAAAGGCAUGCAGGGAAUGAAAGGAGUUAAAGGUAUGAAUGGCGAUAAAGGGACACAAGGAGACAAGGGAAUGACCGGUGAAAAAGGAACACUAGGAGAUAAAGGUAUGACAGGAGCGAAAGGGACACAGGGCGACAAAGGCAUGACAGGAAUGAAAGGUACACAAGGCGAUAAAGGAAUGACAGGGGAAAAGGGAACGCUUGGCGAUCAAGGUGCAAAGGGAAUGAAAGGAGAGACAGGCUAUAAAGGAAUGAAAGGAAUGCAGGGAAUGAAGGGUGUUAAAGGAAUGACUGGCGACAAAGGGACACAAGGAGAUAAGGGAAUGACUGGUGAAAAAGGAACACAAGGCGAUAUAGGUACAAAGGGAAUGAAAGGCGAGACAGGCUACAAAGGAAUGAAAGGAAUGCAGGGAAUGAAAGGUGUUAAAGGUAUGGCUGGAGAAAAGGGAACAUUAGGUGAUAAAGGACUGACUGGAAAUAAAGGUACACAAGGUGACAAAGGCAGUAAGGGAACACAAGGCGACAAAGGGACUUCAGGGGACAAAGGAACUACUGGCGAUAAAGGAACAGAUGGCGACAAAGGUUCAACAGGAGAAAAGGGAACGCUAGGAGACAAGGGAAUGACUGGAAAUAAAGGAACACAAGGAGAUAAAGGGGUCAAAGGUGAGACUGGAGAAAAAGGAACACAAGGUGACAGAGGAACAAAGGGAAUGAAGGGAGAGACAGGAUAUAAAGGAAUGAAAGGAAUGCAGGGAAUGAAAGGUGUCAAAGGUAUGAAAGGGUCUAAAGGAACACAAGGCGACAAAGGAACUGAUGGAGACAAAGGAACACAAGGAGAUCAAGGAAUAAAGGGAAUGAAGGGAGAAACAGGAUAUAAAGGCAUGAAAGGAAUGCAGGGUAUGAAAGGAGUCAAAGGAAUGACAGGAGCAAAAGGAACACAAGGCGACAAAGGAACGGAUGGAGACAAAGGAACUCAAGGUGAUAAGGGUUUGACAGGUGAAAAAGGAACACUUGGAGAUAAAGGAAUGACAGGAGAGAAAGGCACACAAGGUGACAAAGGAAUGACAGGAAACAAGGGAACACUUGGUGACAAAGGUAUGACUGGAAACAAAGGAACCCUAGGAGAUAAAGGAAUGCCAGGAACACAAGGUGACAAAGGUAGAAUAGGAGAACAGGGUACACAGGGAGACAAGGGAACAAAGGGAAUGAAAGGCGAGACUGGCUAUAAAGGAAUGAAAGGAAUGCAGGGAAUGAAAGGUGUCAAAGGAAUGACAGGCGAAAAAGGGACAUUGGGAGACAAGGGUAUGACUGGAGAAAAAGGAACACAAGGAGAUAAAGGAAUGAAGGGAACAGUAGGAGAUAAGGGAGCAAAGGGAGAAGUUGGACAAGCUGGUCCCAAAGGAACACAAGGAGAUAAAGGUGUCAAGGGCAUGAAAGGUGAAACUGGGUAUAAAGGAAUGAAGGGUAUGCAGGGAAUAAAAGGUGUCAAGGGAAUGAAAGGUCAGAAAGGCACAGACGGUGAUAAAGGAACGCAAGGAGAUAAAGGAAUGACAGGGACACAAGGAGAUAAAGGUGCCAAGGGGAUGAAAGGUGAAACCGGAUAUAAGGGAAUGAAAGGAAUGCAGGGAAUGAAAGGUGUCAAAGGAAUGAAAGGUCAGAAAGGCACAGCCGGUGAUAAAGGAACGAAUGGAGAUAAAGGAAUGACAGGGACACAAGGAGAUAAAGGUGUCAAGGGCAUGAAAGGGGAAACCGGAUAUAAGGGAAUGAAGGGAAUGCAGGGAAUGAAAGGAGUCAAAGGAAUGAAAGGUCAGAAAGGCACAGACGGUGAUAAAGGAAGUAAAGGAACGCAAGGUGAUAAAGGAAUGACCGGACAGAAAGGAACAACGGGAGACAAAGGAGCAAUGGGAACACAAGGAGAUAAAGGAAUGACAGGAACCAAGGGAACAACCGGUGACAAAGGAGACAAAGGAACACAAGGAGACAAGGGAAUGACAGGAUCGAAAGGAACAAUCGGAGACAAAGGAGUUGCGGGAACACAGGGAGAUAAAGGAAUGCCAGGCUACAAGGGAAUGAAAGGAAUGCAAGGAAUGAAAGGUGUCAAAGGAAUGAAAGGCAAUAAAGGUCCAGACGGAACACAAGGGGACAAAGGAACACAGGGAGACAAAGGAACAGUAGGAGAUAAAGGAAUGACUGGAACAAAGGGCACUCAAGGUGAUAAAGGAACGACAGGAGAUAAAGGCACACAAGGAGACAAAGGAGCCACAGGUGAGGGCGGAGCAAAGGGAACGCAGGGAGAUAAGGGAAUGAAAGGAGAGACCGGCUACAAAGGAAUGAAAGGAAUGCAAGGAAUGAAAGGCGUAAAAGGAAUGACAGGAGAAAAAGGAACACAAGGUGAUAAAGGAAUGACAGGACAAAAAGGAACACAAGGAGACAAAGGAAUGACAGGAAAUAAGGGAACGUUGGGAGAUAAAGGAAUGACAGGACAAAAAGGAACACAAGGCGAUAAGGGAACGACAGGAGAGAAAGGAACACAAGGUGACAAAGGAAUAAAGGGAACGACUGGGGACAAAGGUGAAACAGGAAACAAAGGAACACAAGGAGACAAAGGAAUUACAGGUACUCAAGGUGACAAAGGACAGAAGGGAAUGGCAGGCUACAAAGGAAUCAAAGGAAUGCAAGGUAUGAAAGGUGUUAAAGGAAUGACAGGAGCGAAAGGAACACAAGGUGACAAAGGAAUGACAGGACAAAAAGGAACACAAGGAGACAAGGGAAUGACAGGAAAUAAAGGGACGCUUGGAGAUAAAGGAAUGAAAGGACAAAAGGGAACAGAUGGCGACAAGGGAAUGACAGGACAAAAGGGAACACAAGGUGACAAAGGAAUGAAAGGAACGAUAGGAGACAAAGGUGAAACAGGAAACAAAGGAACACAAGGAGAUAAGGGAAUGAUGGGUACUCAAGGAGACAAAGGAAAGAAGGGAAUGGCAGGAUACAAAGGAAUAAAAGGAAUGCAAGGUAUGAAAGGGGUCAAAGGAAUGACAGGAGCAAAAGGAACACAGGGUGAUAAAGGAAUGACAGGAAAAAAAGGAACACAAGGAGACAAAGGAAUGCCAGGUGAAAAGGGAACGUUAGGAGAUAAAGGAGAGAAAGGACCAAAAGGAACGCAAGGCGAUAAGGGAAUGACAGGACAAAAAGGAACACAAGGUGACAAAGGAAUGAAGGGCACAACUGGGGACAAAGGUGAAAAGGGAAGCAAAGGAACACAAGGAGACAAAGGACCGACAGGUACUCAAGGAAUCAAAGGAAUGAAGGGAAUGAGAGGCUACAAAGGAAUAAAAGGAAUGCAAGGUAUGAGAGGUGUCAAAGGAAUGAAAGGAACACAGGGUGACAAAGGAACACAAGGAGACAAAGGAACACAAGGAGACAAAGGGACACAAGGAGAUAAAGGAACUCAAGGAGAUAAAGGAACUCAAGGAGACAAAGGAGAAACUGGCGACAAAGGAAAAACAGGAAUGAUUCACGUAGCUUUCGAUUUCUUGGGACAUUACUUUAUGGGACCAUUCAAAAAAGCAUACGGAACCCAUUAUGGCAUAAAGAAAACUCCUGGAUCAUACCAAGUAUAUGCUGGUACUGUAAAGAAUUACGCUGGAAUCCAGAACCAAAUCUACAACGCUAUUAAAAAAAUUACAGCCAAGUCGACUUACACUUACAAAUCACAAUCAAGAUACACCACUUCAUCACACAACAGUCCAUACAGAAGAACAUCACUAUACAGACGGCCAGUGUACAGGAAGACUCAUUAUGCAGGAAAGAAAUAAAAAUUGACAUUUUGAUUUAACAGAAUGAGGGAUAAAUAAAAAACUGUAUUAAUCGUACAUGGUAAACAUUGUAUAUUGUAUUAAUACGUUUAGGA